AGCAUUCAAGAGAAAUAAACCCCACCAUGCACUCUCUUCAAUGCAACACAGCCUCAUUUGCACGACAUUACAAGCAAACUAACCCCAUCACAAUAAGCAUCUUACGGUCUUCAACAUAGGGGGAAAAAAUGGGGAUGUUCUGGCUCCUUGCUUUUAUACUUUGGCAGAUAAUUCCGACACAAGCAGCUAUCACUGUGGGAGGUGGUGGUGUUGGCAUUAAUAUCGGCAAUGCUGGUGGUGGCGGUGCAGGUGUUUGGAUUGGUGGAGGAAUCAACAACGGCCCAACUCCAUCAAGCCCUUCAGUGUCAAAGCUCACCACUGCUUACACUGCUCUACAAGCAUGGAAAUCUGCAAUCACAGAUGACCCAUUGGGGAUUUUGAAGACUUGGGUUGGCUCAGAUGUGUGUUCUUAUAAAGGGGUAUUUUGUGCAGGCCCUGGACCAUUUGUUGCAGGCAUAGAUCUCAACCAUGCCAAUCUGCAAGGCUCUCUGGUUAAGGAACUCUCAGUCCUCACUGAUAUUUCAAUCCUCCACCUUAACAGCAACAGGUUCUCAGGCACCGUUCCCGAUACUUUCAAAGACCUUUCGUCACUUCAAGAGUUGGACAUUAGUAACAAUCGUUUCUCAGGACCUUUCCCUGCAGUUACUUUAUACAUUCCCAAUCUCGUUUACUUAGACCUUAGGUUCAACAGCUUCUCAGGACCAGUCCCUGAAGACCUAUUCAACAAAAGACUUGAUGCCAUCUUCCUCAACAACAACCAGUUUGACGGUGAACUUCCUCAAAAUCUGGGUAAUUCCCCAGCUUCUGUGAUCAACUUGGCUAACAACAUAUUCAGUGGGAACAUCCCAGCUAGUUUUGGCAUAGCCAGUUCCAAGUUGAAGGAGAUUUUACUGUUUAACAACCAGUUAACAGGCUGCAUUCCACAAGGAAUUGGACUGUUCUCAGAGAUGCAAGUUUUCGAUGUGAGCCACAACUCACUGAUGGGUCAUUUGCCAGACACGGUAUCUUGCCUGAGUGACAUUGAGGUUCUGAAUUUGGCACACAAUAAACUAUCUGGGGUACUCCCCGAUUUGGUUUGUUCUUUAGGGAGCCUUAUGAAUUUGAGUGUAGCAUACAAUUUCUUCUCUGGGUUUAGCCAGGAAUGUUCAAAGUUGUCGUUUAGGAAGGGAGGGUUUGAUUUCUCGUUGAAUUGCUUACCCGGGAGAGACAUGCAGAGACCACAACCAGAGUGCUUGGUGAUCCCUGGUGGGGGGUUGAGUUGUUUGAGAAUUCCUUCUGCACGGCCUCUGGUUUGUGGGGCAUUGCUUGGGAACUUGGAGGUUAAUGUAACCUCAACAUCUCCAUGAUCUCAUCUCCUUACAGAGUAAGAAGUUACUAGUUUUUUAGUAUAACAGGUUGGCCAUAUGGUUGUCAAUUCUCCCAUUCUUGCAUGGACGGAUUUUAAAAUGUUAAAACCCAAAGCAAUGUUUUGCGUGCAUUCAAACACUAAUUCCAUUUUUCAUUCAGCAAUUCAACGUUUAUUCUGGUUUAAGAUUAUUGUUUUCUGGUGUAGCGGCAUCAUGCUUCCAUUUUUUUCCAUUUUCUUGUUUUGACGAAGAUGAUUUGAAAAGAUUUUCAGGACAGGCAAAAUCCAUAGAUCUGCAAGGCCCGCUUAGACUUGUAAGCCAUCCAAGAUUCUCAGAAAAUAAAAGAAA